CACCUAUAUUGUUGUGUCCAGUCUCUUGUUUCCAACACAGACACCAAAUACAGUACUGCAGACUGUCACUACUGCACUAGUCUACUGCACUGCCACUGUUCUCUCGCUCUCUCUCACAGCCGACCAGAACAGAACAGACAACGUGUGCGGGGACACCAUGGCGACGGCGCGCGACGACAACGACGGCUCGAGCGGGCUGCGGGAGGCGUGCGGCGUGUUUGCGUGCGUGGCGGCGGGAGCGUGGCCGACCCACCUCGACAUCGCUCAUGUCAUCUACCUUGGUCUCGUUGGGCUGCAGCACCGCGGGCAGGAGAGCGCGGGCAUCGUGACGAGCGACGGGGAGUGCUUCCGCUCUCACCGCGGCAUGGGCCUAGUCAACCAGGUGUUCACAGAGGAGACACUGCAGGUGAAGCUUAAGGGCAACCUGGGUGUAGGACACACGCGUUAUUCCACGGCCGGCGGAUCCGAGAUAGGUAACUGCCAACCCUUCGUCGUGCACACCGCACAUGGCCUCCUUGCCGUCGCGCACAACGGCGAGCUCAUCAACGGUGGCGCCCUCCGGCGGCAGAUCCUCGCGCGCGGCGUCGGUCUGUCAUCGAGCUCCGACAGCGAGCUCAUCACGCAGAUGCUCGCGUGGCCGCCCCCUGGUGGCGAGCCGGACGGCGCCGACUGGGCGGCGCGCAUCACGCACCUCAUGCGGCAGACGCCGUGCGCGUACUCGCUCGUCAUCAUGCACGGCAGCGCCCUCUACGCGGCGCGCGACCCGCUCGGCAACCGGCCGCUCUGCAUUGGCCGUCUCCCCGGCGACGACGACGGCGACGAGGGCUGGGUCGUCUCGUCCGAGUCGUGUCCGUUCCAGUCGAUCGGCGCGCGGUACGUGCGCGACGUGGAGCCGGGGGAGAUCGUGCGCGUGUGCGCGCGCGGCGUCACGACCGCCGCCACCGUCGCGCGUCCCCCCGCCGCCACCCCCGCUCUCUGCAUCUUCGAAUACGUCUAUUUCGCGCGCGCCGACAGCCUCCUCGCCGGCCAGAUGGUGCACACCGUGCGGCAGCGCUGCGGCCGGCAGCUGGCGCUCGAGUCGCCCGCAGACGUCGAUGUCGUCGCCGCCGUGCCCGAGUCGGCGACGGCGGCCGCGCUCGGUUUCGCGGCGGCGUGCGGCGCCCCCUACGUCGAGGUGCUGACGAAGAACCGCUACGUUGGCCGCUCGUUCAUUCAGCCGAGCACGCGCGCCCGCGCACGCGCCGUCGCGACCAAGUUCGGCGCGCUGACAGACAACCUCGCGGGUCGGCGCGUCGCGCUCGUCGACGACUCGAUCGUGCGCGGCACGACGAUCGCGCCGAUCGUGCGGCUGCUGCGCGACGCGGGGGCCGCCGCCGUGCAUAUCCGCGUCGCGUCGCCGCCCGUCCGACACCCGUGCUACAUGGGCAUCAACAUCCCGACGACGCACGAGCUGAUCGCGAAUCGCGUCGAGAGCGGACGCCUCGCGGCUCACCUCGGCGCCGACAGCGUCGCGUAUCUGUCCGUCGGUGGACUGCUGGCGGCCGUGUCGGGACGCGAGGACGCCGCCGACGGAUACUGCACCGCCUGCCUCACGGGACACUACCCCGCCAAGCUGGAGUGGUGAGGCUGCACCGCCCAUGUUGCUAGAUGCUACCUAGCCAAGCUGGAGUGGUGAGGCAGCACCGCCCAUGUUGCUAGAUGCUACCUAGCCAAGCUGGAGUGGUGAGGCUGCACCGCCCAUGUUGCUAGAUGCUACCCCGCCAAGCUGGAGUGGUGAGGCAGCACCGCCCAUGGUGCUAGAUGCUACCUAGCCAAGCUGGAGUGGUGAGGCUGCACCGCCCAUGUUGCUAGAUGCUACCCCGCCAAGCUGGAGUGGUGAGGCUGCACCGCCCAUGUUGCUAGAUGCUACCUAGCCAAGCUGGAGUGGUGAGGCUGCACCGCCCAUGUUGCUAGAUGCUACCCCGCCAAGCUGGAACGGUGACACAAGCCAAGAGGCUGACACUCUCACAAGACUAGUCCUAUAUUCUUUGUUCCAUUACCGACCUACUACUAAUGCGAUUUUCUUUGCACGUUGAAGUCUGUGACGGUGAGGAUGUGGGACGGUGGGGAUGCCAAACUGACCAGAGUGAGAGACGCGACUUUAGUUUAAUUAACACAGUUUUCUAACGUUAACUAGAAUUAAAAUUGUGUGCACGGUUUCUACUUGCUAAACAACGCUGUAAUAAAGUUAACACCAACUAAAAAUAAACCUAAUCUAAUUGAUUCCCAUAAUAGAUACGAUUUCCUCGAUUUAAUUAUUCAAUUACACAUGCAAAUAAUCACCGUGGCUGGCAUGAAAACCUGACAGACCAGUACGAACAUGCUGAUACAACCAGAAGAGAGAGCCUACAAUGAGUAUUUGCUUUCCACAGCCGAUGCUGAAUGCUUGCAUGUGUGUGCCCAAGCUUACUGCUGCCACCUACUGUGUGAUAAAGCACAAACCAUCCAAAGACAAAUGCUUUUAAUUCUACACACCUAAGAUGAUUUAUUAACACAAAUUCUAGCCAUAUUAACAAAC